CUGAAUCAAAUAAUUGCACAGUUAAUGACUCUCUCUAUACCGACCAAGUACACMGACCACCCCCACUUCCAGAUAUUGUAGAGUAGCUCCAUCUGGCUGGGUGCAUUAAACAAUCUCACAACACCUCGUCCAUAUGAUGUACAUAAAGCAUCCUGGGUAAUCACAGCUAMCUACACAAUACCAUCAACGAACCAAUCACAUUGCUGUGAUCGUCUCCAAAAGAUUCCCGAAACACGGAAAAUKUUCAUAUACUUUGGUGUUCCACGGUAAGCCAUGAAGUCUGUAGUGUUUUUUGUUCUUGCCGUAUGCUGGAGUGUAAGAGCAGAUCCAAGUUGUGGUGUUCGACAGUCAGAGGCUCGUAUUGUUCAAGGUCAUGAUGCGUCGCCCCAUGCAUGGCCAUGGCAGGUUUCACUGAGAGAAAAUGGUGGCCAUUCGUGUGGUGGUACAUUAAUCAGACCUGACUGGGUUUUGACAGCUACACACUGUAUCAUUAUGAAUCCUAGCGCUCAAAGUUACACUGUUGUUGUUGGAGCACAUCACUUGAAAGGAUCUUCACCAGUACAGCAAGAAAUUAGAGUCUCUAAAAUCUACAAACAUACUGGAUUCCGUCUGUACCACUAUAAAGAUGACAUCGCUCUACUYAAACUUGAACGACCAGCUAAACUCAGCUCCAAAGUAGCAUUGGCUUGUCUACCAAAGGCCGAGGCAGCGGUCGGUGACCAAUGUUAUCUGACAGGAUGGGGAUUCAUCCAUGGUUCCAAACCAAUCUUACCCGAUGUCCUGCAACAAGCUGUUAAACCAAUCGUAUCACAUGAAGACUGUAAGAAACAAUACAAAUCUGGUAUCUAUCGAUACACCCAUCUAUGUGCUGGGACAUCACGUGCCGACGGCUCUUCUGCCUGUCAGGGAGAUAGCGGGGGACCUUUGGUCUGCAAGGUUAGCGGUAAAUGGGUUGUACAUGGUAUUGUUAGUUUUAGCGCCAGUGGCUGUCUUCCCUCACGUUAUACAGUCUUCACUAGAGUGUCAUCGUAUCUGAAUUGGAUUUAUCASAGGACAGGCGAGCCAACAGUAGGUCCUCCUAAAACAAGACCACCUAUCGAACCACCAACAAGACCAUCUCGACCACCAACAAGGCCACCUGUCCAGAUUACUACCAGGAAGCCAGUUGCCAGCACACCAUCAAACUGCAGCGACAAGGCAUCAAACUGUAAUAAAAACUUCUGCAGUAACUGGAUGAUGAAACGUCUUUGUAAAAGAACAUGUGAUAACUGCAUGACAAUGUUUCGUUAUAAAACUGCUUUUGCUGAAAUAAUCGACCUUAUUUACCUCAAGAUGAAGGUACUUGUUGCUGUCUUGGUCGUUCUUUUGGGGGUGAAUUCCAUUGAAGCGAAGUGUGGUACUCGUCCAGGCGGAGCCCGUGUCAUCAAUGGCCAGAAUGCCUCACCCCAUGCUUGGCCYUGGCAGAUUUCACUUCGUAGAAAUGGAGGACAUWCAUGCGGUGGUUCAUUGAUCAGUCCAAACUGGGUGGURACCGCUGCACAUUGUGUACACAGGAAUACAAAUCCAAGAUCAUACACCGUUGUCGCAGGUGCUCACAGGAAGUUCGGAGGUACCACAAGCGUACARCAAACACUUCGCGUGUCUCAGAUUAUCGAACAUCCAAACUAUGAUGACAGACGCAUCAAUAACGACAUCGCRUUGUUACGACUUGCUUCUCCUGUUAAAAUGAGCGACAAGGUUGGUGCUGUUUGUUUGACUGAAACACGACCUCAACCAGRCAAGAGAUGCUACAUCACAGGUUGGGGUGCAAUAGUAGGCUCCACAGGACAAUCACCCCAAGUCCUUCAGCAGGCUGUUCUUCCCAUUGUAUCCCAUGAUGCUUGCAAAAAGAAGUACUAUGGAGUCAAUUCUGUUUCUCACAUCUGUGCUGGGGAGGGUCGAGCUGGUGCUUCUGGUGGGUGUAACGGUGACAGCGGUGGACCGUUGGUGUGCGAGGAAGGAGGAAGAUGGUAUCUUCACGGUGCUGUGAGCUUUGGAAAAUUACAUUGUCCAACUGAAUACUACACUGUAUUUGCUCGCGUGUCUCACUAUGUUAAUUGGAUUCAACAAACGACUGGAAUUGGACCAGGUGGCGGUGGAGUAAAUCCCUCUGUCCCUCCGACACAAAGACCACCACACCCACCCACAACUGUUACUGCAAAACCCCCACCCCCACCCACAACUGUUACUGCAAAACCCCCAACCCCACCCACAUAAAAGCCAACAAAUCCACCUGGAGGUUGUCAAGAUGACUGGAACCUUUGUUCAUAUCAUGUCCAUAACUGUAAGAACAGUUGGUAUUUGAAAAAACACUGUCGAAAAACAUGCAAGUUUUGUUGAUCCCCMAAGAAGCAAUUCAAGGMGGRCUACUGUWUAGGGUUUASAAAUUUUGA